GUGCUUCCGGGUGAAAGGAUGCGAGUCAUUCCAAAAUGGCUGCUCCCAUGGAGUUGUACUGUUGGAAAGGCGACUAUGGCUUACCCUCGGUCGAUGUGGAUUGUUUAAUUGUGCUGGCCUAUGCCAAAUUUGCAGGUGCUCCACUGAAAGUUCACAAGAUUACCAACCCAUGGAGAAGCCCGACAGGUACGCUGCCUGCACUGAGGACCAAAGAAGAAAGUAGUUUAUCACAGCCGAGUAAGAUCAUCAUCCAGCUCAGGAAGCAGAAAUAUAACGCAGAUUAUGAUCUCUCGGCUAAAGAGGGCGCAGACACGCUCGCCUUCGUCUCCUUGCUGGAGGAGAAGCUGCUGCCUGCUCUGAUUUACACACAGUGGGUCGAUGCUAAAAACUACGUAGAUGUGACGCGACACUGGUACGCUGAAAACACGGCUUUCCCGCUGAACUUCCUGCUGCCCGGCCGCAUGCACUCGAGGCAGAUGGAGAGGCUGAGGCUGAUCAGAGGAGACGUCGUACUGGAGCCCGAGGAGCAGCUGGAGAAAGAGCUUUACCAGGAUGCUCUGGAGUGCAUGACUCUCCUCUCACAGAGACUCGGCUCACACAAGUUCUUCUUCGGUGACUCCCCGUCCUCACUGGAUGCCUACGUGUUCGGUCACCUCGCUCCACUGCUGAAGAUUAAGCUCCCCAACUGUAAACUCCAGCAGCACCUGAGCUCCUUAGAGAACCUGACGCAGUUCUGCUCCAACAUCCUGCUGCUGUAUUUUCCCUCAGACAGCCGAGAAGCUCAGAGCAGAAAAGCUGCCGUUCACACCGAAGCCGGCGGCGGCGACUUCGACAACGAGCCGCACAAGCGCCGUAACCAGAUCCUGUCCGUGCUGUUUGGCGUGGCGGCCAUGUUGGGUUACGCCGUCCUCAGCGGCAUCCUCACCAUCCAGAGCUCACGGUCGGAGCUGGACGAGCCUCAUCGUGACCACAGAGACGAGGAAGAAGAAGAAGAAGAAGAAGAGUGACUUAAAAAAAUACAUAUAUAGAAAACUGUAUAUUCGGAAUGAAUCUGGAAUCCUGAGCUCAACUAUUAAAGUAUUUCUCAGCUUGUUUGUAAAUUCCUUACAAAAUCUGUUUUAGAAUAAUAAAUAAUGUUUAGCAUUUUGCUUGAGCUGUAGCGAUGACAUCAUCACAGCAGAUCUUUCUGUCUGGUCUCUUGAUCGGAUUCGGAUCUGAUCUGAACUCUAACUUUUUUUUUUUUUUUGGAGCAAAUAUCGAACCUAUUUUUUAGUUCUCGUUAAAUGAAUUUUUUUUUUAUGAUCUGAUGAACAUUUUUUUAAUUUGUUUGUGUCUGAUUAAAUGUUCUGUAUCAAAA